AUGGCUUUCCCGUUCAUGCGAGCAUUUAUUGCUCUUUUCAUUUACCGUUACUUUCGUCUGGUUGUGAAUCUUGUCUCAUUUUGGACCUUCAAACCAAUUCCUCCACCGGAAAACCCGAAGCUGACAGCGCAAGAUGUGACUGUUAUCCUUCCAACAUUGGAGGGAUGUGGUGACGAACUAGUCGAGACGAUCAGAACGAUCCUCGACAAUCAUCCAUAUGAACUUCUACUGGUUACUAUUGAAGCGAAUAGGAAGCAGGCCGAAAAUAUGCUGAGUCAAAUGCCUGCUUCCAAAUCGAGAAUUCGUCUUUUCACCGUGACCCACCCCAACAAACGUCGCCAAAUGACAAGAGCUAUUCCGGAGGUUCGCACGGCUAUCACUGUAUUUGCUGAUGACGAUGUCAGCUGGCCACGUACAGUGCUUCCUUGGAUUCUCGCCCCUUUCGAGAAAGACGAGAGAUACGGCGGAGUUGUCACUUGUCAGCGAUUGCGUCGUGCUGUUUCGCCCACUUUCUCGCAACGUAUCUGGGGCUUUUUGGGAGCUCUGUACUUGGAGCGCCGAAACUUUGAUUGCGCAGCCACCACGCAUGUGGAUGGUGGAUUACCCUGCAUGUCAGGUCGGACUGUUGCAUACAAGACUCACAUUCUUCAAGACGAAGGCUUCACAUAUGCCUUCACGAAUGAGGAGUGGUGGUUUGGUAAAUACCAAUUAAAUGCAGAUGAUGACAAUUUCAUCACGCGCUGGAUGGUAUCACACGGCUGGGAGACAUUCAUGCAGUACCAUCCCGAAGCUGAAGUUUUGACAACCUUGGAAGACAAUCCAAAAUUUCUGAAGCAGUGUGCGCGAUGGUCAAGGAGCAACUGGAGAAGCAACCUCACAAGUAUGUUCCACGAAAAGCAUAUUUGGUAUCGCCAACCUUGGAGUGCGUACGCUGUCCAUCUGACAACGCUGUCCCCGCCAGCGCUUUUGGGUGACUUGCUGCUCCUUUUCCUGUGCCAUAAAGCCACCAUUUCAUGGGAAGGAAACUCGCAUGCUCUAGCUAUGCAAGCCCUAGGAGUAUGGAUGUUUAUUAGCAAAUUCAUCAAACUCUUAGGACAUUACAUUCGGUAUCCGGUGGACAUCUUGCUUCUGCCCGUCUCUAUCCUUUUCGGUUAUUUCCACGGAGGAAUCAAGAUGUACGCGGUGCUAACUCUGAAUGUGACCACGUGGGGCAGCAGAGAUGGUGCCGAUGAUUAUGAUGCAGAACGCAUGAAGAGACGCACGGAUAUUGACCGUAUGAAGCGGCCGUACUACCCCAACUUCAUAACUCAAUGA